AUGGAAGAUUUCGGUAUCUCUCGAGCUGGUCUCUCUAUCAGAGCCAAGGCUCUUGCCAAACUGGCCAAGUAUGCCGCCACUUCCAACGCGCCCACUGCUGACUCGGAUCUCGACAAGCUCAACUCUGCCCUUGGCCAGGUAGAAGACAAGUCCGGUAUCCCCAUGAGUCCCAAGGAGCUGGAGGUGCUUCUUGCUCUGGCUGGUUCUGCCAAGUACGUGGCCAACAUCGACAGAGCUGCUUCCUUGCUCCAGCAGCUCGGCCAAUACCUCAUUGAAUCGCCCAAACAGGUUUUUGCCAAGUGCCCCGUCAUCCGAAAGGUCUACCCGUCCCCCUGGGAGCUUGUUACCAAGGCCGUGACUGCCGCAGUGCUGGAUCUCGGUAUUAACUUCCCUGCUCUCUAUGAAGAGUCCCACCGGUACAUUUUCCAGUACAUUUCUGUGGUCCAUGAACUCUCCUCUGGCCGAUCUUUGGAUGUGCUGCUGCCCUUUGUGCUGUCCAUCCACGGCUUUUUGGCCGAGCUCGCUCGAAAGACGGACUCGUUCAGCGUCGAGGACCGACAAAAGCUCUUUUCGGAGCUCAAAUGGCUCACAGACUCGUCCUUUCUGCUCGAGUUUGAGACUGAAAUGUCCAAGCUACGAUCCUCCGAAGACGAGUCUACCUGGGCUUCGAUUGUGGCCAAGUACCAGGUUGCCGACCUCCAGCUAGGUGCCAUGGUGCUCUCUGCCUACUUCUGUGACUUUUGCCGAGCCCUAGCCACCUCUCUGGUCAUCGUGGGAGACGCUUCGGAGUCGUCUGUGCUGGACUCCAUUGGAGGUUUGUCUACCGAGAUUUCCAACCCCGGCAACAACCUGCUCAAUCAGCUCAACGAGUACGCCAUCCGAGAAAUUCAUUCGCUCGACGAAGGUGCCAGUUACAUUGAGCUCGCCUCUCCUGACCGAGUGCUCACUGCUCUCAACAUCAAGGCCUCUGCUCUGGAGAUCGUUGGCGUGGCUGUUCACUUUGGAAUUGUUCAUGAGUCCGAUACCACCGGAAUCAUUGAGUCUUCUCUCGAGCUGACCUCCACCAUGCAAUCGGAACGACUUAUGUUGACUCUGUUCAAGUUGGGUUCUCUUAUUGGAGGAUCUCGAAUCUGCUCCACUCUGGUCAGAUUCCUUCCUCACUACGCAUGUGACCCCCGAGUGUCCCCUGAAGACGUCCGAGAGGCAACCCGAGUCAUUGCCAGCCGAGCUAUGGUGUCCCUGUCAGAAGACUCUGUCGUUUCCUCUGUCUACACUCUCGUCAACCUCCUGACCCCCAUCGAGCGAUCUGACGACCAGUGGGAGCAGGUUGCUAUCUUCCAGAAUGUUGUGACCGCUGCGGUCACUAUUGCUAUCGAGUACGGUGAGACCACCAUUGCCGUGCUCGUUUCCAACGUUUUGGCCCAGAAGCUGCUCCAUAUCUCACCUGAGAUUGACCAGGACAUUAUCCUUGGCUUGUCUGACAUUGCCCUUCAUGUUCCCGAGAAGGAGUUCAAGUCAAUUCUCAAGGUCUACUCUUCUCUGGCUAGUCACGCCUUCGAAAAGGACAACAAGGAUAUGCUGCUGACCGUCACUCAGGCCAGAAACCACAUUGCCACCUGCCUGAAGAAGGCAUACCUACAGGAGUCCUCCGAGACCAUCAAACAGGCUCUUGUUGAUGGCCCCAGCACCGACAAGUCUGCCGAGCUGUACCAGCCCUUUCUGUCGGAGCUUCUCUUUGGUAUUGUUUCCAAGGGAGAGGUUGCCAAGGACGACCGAUCUCAGACUGAAGUCAAUGCUGUUGCUGAGGAGAUUGGUAUCUACCUGCCUCCCCUUGCCCAUCUGCUUCCCGAAUACCCAGAGCCUGCACUUGAUUUGUCUUCCAAUCCCGACCUGCAGACUCUGUUCCGAAAUGCUUGGUUCAACAUGGUUGUGCACGGCUAUGCCCCCAACUCGGACAUCACCAAGAAAUACCAGUCUGAGCUGGAGAACAUUGCCCGAUCCACUCCUCCUCUUGUGUCUGACAACUCCCCCAACAAGAUGGAGUCUGAUCUGGAGCUCAACACCGUCCUUCGACGAGGCUCUUCUCGAUCCAACGUCAACAAUCAGAAGGCCAACAUGGCCAAGGUCUUUUCUCUCAACAACUCGUUUGAGAUCCGAUCUUUGCACUACCCCAAGCUCAUGUUCAUCGCUGCCACAAUGUUGGUCGAGACUCUGCGAGCCAGUACUGGCAACUGUGGAAAGGUGCUCAUGUACUUUGGAGAUAAGGGCUUCAACUCCGGUGAGACUGGCCGUCACAUGGCCGGUAUUGCCACCGAUGUCACCAAGGUUUACAUCAUGAAAGUUCUUCGAGGCCACUCUCCUCCCUUCACUGCCCAGGCUGUUGCCGAGCAGAUCAAGGAGAUGUUGGUUUGCUGCUGCCAUCGAGUGGCUGCCAUCCAGGACGUUGCUUUCGCAUGCACCGAUUUGCUCAUUCGAGCUGUCCCCUCUGCGCUGUGCCAGAAGCAGUCUCUGUACGCUCUUCUCGAGCUGCUCACUCUGCUGUGGAGUUCUUGUAUUGACGCUGAGACCGACGAGUACGAGCCCCGGUCUGUGUUCAAGAGCAACAAGCAGGGUCUGGACAUUACUCUCGAGCUAUCCGACUCGUACUCUGCUCGUCAAUACACACUGAAGCGAUUCCAGGGCGCUGCUCGGCAGUGGGUCCAGUUUGCUAUGACCAAGCUCACCGCCGACAUGAAGUCUCUGCUGCAGUCCUACUUGGUCGAUAUGGAGGGCUCCCGUGACUUUGAGCACGUUUCUCUGGGCUGCUCUUUUGCUUUGGAGAUGGGUGGAUCCGUCACCGGCACCGACCGUCAGCUUGCCUCUCUCAAGGCCGUCAACGACAUCCCCACCGAUACUGUUUCCGGAUUCUUGUCACAGUACAUGUGGCGAAACGAGUUCCGAGACGACGGAGCGGCUCUGACAAUCUCUUCUGGAGAUGCUGUUUCCGAUCUACGAUACUCCUUCUACUCUCGAGUUGCUUCGCUCACCGAGAAGCUGGAUAACAAGUCCUACGUUGCUCCUGUUGAGGUCAAGAAUCUGUUGUUCGCUGGUGCAUCUUACCUCUCUCGAGUGGGCCACAAGGGUGUUGAUGCUGCUCGUCUGCUUGUUCAGAUUCCCUUCCGAGCCUUCUCCGAGGCUUCCAUCAAGACUGGUAUCUCCAUGUGGCUGUGGAUUGCUUCUGAGAUCCCUGCUCUAGAGUACGUGAUACUUGCCGAGGUCUACCGAGGCUGGGAGACCACCGUCCAUGACCACGUGGGUUUGUACUCUCGAAAGCACGAUAUUCCAGAGGCUGACUACGCCAAAAUGGAGUAUGCUCCUUCCAACAAGAAGGAGAUUGACCACGACUCUACCGUGACCCUGCGAUCUCUUGAGCCCCACCAUGCUCUCGUGCGGUACAUUUCGUCGCGAUUCAACACCCUGGUAUACGACUCUCCGCAUGUACUCAAGCAGAUCACCGUGUUCCUCACCAGCGCUCUGCAGGGUCUUCACCAUGCUUCUCUGCAUGCUUUGUCUCGAGAGACUCGAUUUGAGCUGAUUCUGCUUGCACUGGAUGUUCUCAAUGUCCAGAACACUCGUGGAUCCAAGGGUGCGGAUCGGCUGUUCCGGCUCAUCAUCCGAUCUGCCCUCACCUGGUUCGCACAGCCUCCUCAAUGGCCUUUUGGAGGUAACCGUCUGCGAAUGAUUUCCGAGAUCCGACUCUUCUCCGAGGUCUCCGACAUGCUAAAGAACGUGGGUGGUCGAAACGCCUCUUCUGCAGCCUACAAGGAUCUGCUGGUGGCUUUCAUUUCGGAUGAGCUUAUCAAGAUGACUGCCUGGGCCGAUCCUCUACAGAACGGUGCUUUCAAGCCCCAGCACCGAAUCGUGGCAUCUGCCAUCUCCACCAAGACCGUUCAGGAUGCUUGGAACGUGGACCCUACUUUGGCUGUGUUCUUGGUUGAGCGGUACGCUUCUGGCGAUGGAGUCAAGCAGCUCGAGAAGCUCAUCAACGCUGAGCCACUGCGAAUCAUCAACACUCCCCAGGCCGUGCCUUACUUCCUCAAGAAUGCAUCUCCCAAGACCAAGCACUAUCUGCUAUUGAUGAAGCCCGUGUCUCCCAUCUCGUCCAUCAACCUGUUCUUGCCUGCCCAUCACCCCGAUUCCAUCACUCUUCAGUACGCUAUGCGAUCUCUGGAGAGCCACGAUGUCAACUUGGUUUUCUUCUACGUGCCUCAAAUCGUGCAGCUACUGCGAUACGACAAGGCUGGCUAUGUAGAGCGGUACAUUCUGGAGACUGCCAAGCUGUCGCAACUGUUUGCCCACCAGAUUAUCUGGAAUAUUAUGGCCAACUCCUACAAGGAUGAGGACUCUACUAUCCCCGACCCCAUGAAGCCAACUCUUGAUCAUGUCGUUGAGCGAAUGAUCGACUCGUUCGACGCCGAGGAGAAGUCCUUCUAUGAACGAGAGUUUGGCUUCUUUGCCGAGGUCACGGACAUUUCCGGAAAGCUCAAGCCCUACAUCAAAAAGACUAAGGCUGAGAAGAAGGCCAAGAUCGAUGAGGAGAUCAACAAGAUCAAGGUCGACGUUGGUGUCUAUCUGCCCUCCAACCCCGACGGAACCGUCAUUGACAUUGACAGAAAGAGUGGACGACCUCUGCAGUCGCACGCCAAGGCUCCUUACAUGGCCACUUUCAAGAUCCGACGAGAAGUACGAGCUAUUGGUGACGAUGACGAGGAUGUCGACGAGGACGGCCACCAGCUGACCACCACCGUCGAGAAGUGGCAGUCUGCCAUUUUCAAGGUCGGUGAUGACUGUCGACAGGAUGUGCUGGCUCUGCAGAUCAUUUCCGUCUUCCGUUCCAUUUUCAACUCUUACGGAAUGGAUCUGUACGUCUUCCCCUACCGAGUCACCGCCACGGCACCCGGUUGUGGUGUCAUUGACGUUCUCCCCGACUCCAUCUCUCGAGAUAUGCUGGGUCGAGAGGCCGUCAACGGUCUGUACGAGUAUUUCACCUCCAAGCACGGAUCUGAGGAUUCUAUCCAGUUCCAGCGAGCCCGAAACAACUUUGUGAAGUCGCUCGCUGCCUACUCCGUCAUCUCCUACCUUAUUCAGUUCAAGGAUCGGCACAAUGGUAACAUUAUGUACGAUGGACAAGGUCAUAUUCUGCACAUUGACUUUGGUUUCUGUUUCGAUAUUGUGCCUGGUGGUGUCAAGUUUGAGGCUGCCCCCUUCAAGCUCACCCACGAGAUGGUGCUGGUUAUGGGAGGUAACACUCAGACCCAGGCUUACCGAUGGUUCGAGGAACUGUCUGUCAAGGCUUUCCUGGCUUGUCGACCUCAUGCUGAGACCAUCAUCCAGCUGGUUCUGCCCAUGUUGGAUUCUGGACUUCCCUGUUUCAAGGAGCAUACCAUUCGAAACUUGCGACGGCGAUUUGUUCUGGAGAAGACUGAAGCUCAGGCCGCCACUCACUUCCGAGGACUCAUCAAGAAGUCCAUCGAGUCUUUCUACACCAAGGGCUACGACGAGUUCCAGCGAAUCACAAACGGUAUUCCUUAUUAA